GAUAAUUCACAUAGAUUGUGCCCUGAGUCUCUGGGUGACGCGAUGUGGUUAUCCCGUGCGAGAAGACCUUUUCAGCAGUCUAGACCACUAGACAUAUCCUCACAGAUCACGCCGUCGAACAACCAUGAGCAACACGUUAGUCUCAGGGUUAUAGAGGCUCUGACCGGUAUGAGCGUUCAUCUAUCGACGGCAGAGAUCGAUGCUGUAACACCCCAAGCAGAUAGUUCCAACGUUGACGAUCUCUAUUCGCAGCGGCCAGUGGUCAAGAAGAGGAAGUGUCUCGCGAAUGGUUCUCAACCACAACACUUCGAAACUGAAGCAAUACCCUCCUUCACUCACGCUGGCAACACCCUUCAAGAAACGCAGCAUACAGCACGCACAUCACUUCUACCCCAGCCGACCCUUACAAACCCAGAAGCACCAACAUCACCCAACAAGCCAACACUCAUACUUACAGCCCCUACCCCUCUGAGCCCUCGGCAUCAAGAUCAAUCACAAACAGAACCACAAUCACCUCCUUCAGGUUCACGGUCUCACUUCAGACAACCCCACCAACCCCUACCCCAAUACCACUUUAGAAUCGCAACUCCAACAACUCCAACCCAAAAAGCAACAACAAACUUCCCCAAGAAACGAAAGAGAUACGGCACAGCCUACGAAGUCUUCCGCGCCCGCCAAAUCCAAGCGACGGGCGUUCCCCGCCUUCGCGGCCCGUGCCACUCGUGCGCUCGUAGACAGAGACAGCUGGAUGAGGUAGCUGCUGCUGCUGCUGUUGCUGCUGCUGGGAAUGUCGGAGGGGGCCUGAUUGGUACAGGCACGCGUACUGGUAUAGGACGUUUCGCGAGGCCUCAGAGGGGUGAUGAGUUCUUGCCUUGUACGGUCUUGAGCAACGGUAGCGGUCACGCUGAUGGUGGCGGGACGGGCACUGGUGGUGGUAAUCGUGGGACUGGGACUGGGCCGACACCCUGCGCGAGGUGUAAGAGUAUCAAGAUGAAGUGCGAGGGUUAACACUUGGUGUACGUCGUGGUGUGGGUUACUUAGGUGUGACCUUGUUGGUACAAAUCGAAGGAAUCCAUGGAGACAGAUAGCCGAAGUAGAAUAGGGAGACUUGAAAGCACUAGGUUGUCUUGAGAGACUGUAGAAGCGUUCCCUUCCACGAGUUUGUGAUGUCAACCUUCCCUUUAAUAGCUCGAGGAUCAUCUCGUAGCCGCAGCUAUUAAGAUUGAUCUCAGCUUUGAUCGCAUGUAAACUGCACACGACACCUCUUCGUCUCCAAUUGAGCUUACAUAGACUGUGAUACCCCUAUCAAGUACAUGAUGCGGGACUCGAAUAGCCAAGCCCUUCCGCUGAGCCAAGUGCUACUCUUGAGACAUAUCGAUGUUCAUUAGACCAACAUCAAAGCGUCAGAGGAAGGGUAAGUACAGUACAUGUAGUAAGCGCUUAAUUAGAAGAAAACUCCACUGAUUUGUGAUGUCCAUGGCAGGCGCAGCAAGAAGCACAUGG